AUGUAUGCACAAUUCCAAAAAUCCUACUAUUAUCGUGAGCAAAGUGAACCAUGCUUCUAUCCUAUAAAUUUCAAACAAGAUGCUCCUCUAGUAGUCAUUGAUUGCUCUCGGCAAGGUGAAGACAUUCUAAAAGGUGGUGCUGUUGAUAUUCGUGUAGAAUUCGAAACGAAAAAAGCGGUUCAAGCAAACACCACAGCUUACUGUUUGAUUCUCCACGAUCGACUAGUGAAAUACAAUCCCUUGACCAGUACAGUGCACGUACAAGGUUUCCAGUUUAAAGACAGUGAUUUCGUUUGCAAGGAAAUUGCAAUUUUAAAUCAGGCAACUGGUCAGCUAUACCAUCAUUUUAUAAAUUUACCAAUUCCAAGAGGUUUUGUUUCAUAUUUACUAGGUAAAACCAAUAAAUAUGGAGACAUCGAUAUUUACAUUGAAAUAGAUAAUUAUGAAAAAGAAAAUAUCUGGCAUUGUGAAAAUUUUCAAAAGCCGAUAUUGGAAAUUCUAAAAAGCGACAGAAUUUUCGAUUCAACAACAACUAGAGGAAACUAUUAUCAAUCAAGUCCCUUCGGCAUGUCCAAUUAUUUGUAUUCUUACUAUGUCAAGACUGAUGACACAGUUUUCAAUUUUGUAUUUCUCGAAUGUCAAAAUUUUCUUUCAUUCGAAGAACUUAUUGUCGAUACAUUGGACAGAUUCGAUUUGGACAUUUGGAAAAAUUCAUUAUUCAUAUUCAAUCACAGUUUCCGUACAAUAAGCUUCAAUGAAACAGAAUUUAUUCAGACCUCUUAUGCUAGCGAGAGUAGGAAAAUCAAAUAUAGGCAGAGACAAAAAGAGCUUUUACUCGAUCCCAAUAAUCUAAAACUAUUAGGUCUGAUUGAAAUAAAAAAUUGGAAAAAACAGUUUUCCAACACAAUCUUGCAUGCCACAAGCAUCCAAUUAUUAGAAUUAACUCAGUGUAGUCCGCAGCAGCAGCAGCUAAAAAUUAAAUACCUAAUUGAACAAAAAAAAAAAAUGUCUUUCUCUUCAUCGUCAUCGUCGUCGUCGUCAUCACCUCCAUCAUCAUCUAGCAGACAAACACUAGAUAGUUUGAGCAGUGAGGCUGUGAAGAAAACCAAAAUCUUGCACAGCAGUUGCGAUAUUCCAAACAAGAGAAAGUUUGAAGAACUGAGAAAAUCAAUAGUUACAUAUCAUGCCAACAAAUGCUUCUACAAUUAUCAAAGCCAACCAUGGGAUGAGGAGGGCCAUAUGAAAAUGCAUGAAGAUAUGUCCAAGGCUGAAAAUUAUGAUGCGACGACAAGAAAAUAUUGGAGUCGCAUUCAAGAUGAAACUAACUACAAGAAGACUUAUUUCAAUCAAUACAAGAAUGUUCAAAAUACCAAUAAAAGAUUUAAAAACUAUUCAAGUAGUGUUCUCUCUACAAGGUGGUGCCAAAGCUGCGAAAUGUAUUUUUGUUUCGGUAAAAAGUCAAUAAGUCAUCAUACAAUUAUGGAAUCAGUACCAUGGUCAUCCUCUUUGUCACCUCCAAAUCUGUAUUGCAACGAGAAAAUGCCUAGGUCAUAA